GAGUACUCGUAGACCGUACUCAUACGGACCGUAGACGAAGAUUAAAAAGGGGGCGACCCGUGGCUACCUGUGUGCCAAGACCCAUACGCCUACCCUGUCGAAGCUGCCGCUGCCCUCCUUAGCCUGGCUCCCUGGCUCCCUGGCUAGUCUAGUCGUCUCGUCUCCUUUGCGAAUCUCUCACUUGAACGUUUCAUCCUUAAACCUCGUCCUCCAUCCUUCCACCCCUCUGCCAUUCCAUCGCGGCAGCUUCAUCCGACAGCGUCACAUCACCACUCUGUCGUCCGCUCUUUCUCUGCAUUUGCCUCCGCCUCCGCCUCCAACCUCCAUCGCGCUCACUUCACUGCGACCGCGACCGCCAACCCAAUAAAAUAAUUCCCCCCACGACCCAGCAGUCGCACCUCUAUAUUCGACCACGACAUCGUCAUCCUCGACAACCACCAUCACCAUGGGAGAAGAGAAGGUUCGUCUCUCGGGCGAGUCCCCUCGAGGAGCUGCCGAUGCUCCAGUGCUUCCAAUUGUCAAUCCAGCCAUUGAGAAGCUCGCAGAGCCCGCAUCAAAUGGGAUCCAUCCUGCCUUCUACGUAAUGUGAGUGCUAUUGCAAUCCAGGCGCCAUCACUUCCGAACCCCUUGCUAAUAAAUGGUCCCGCAGAGUAUGGAUUUCCCUGAGCUCCAGUGUCAUUCUUUUCAACAAAUGGAUUCUGUCCACCUUGGGGUUUAGUAUGUUCCAUGAGCCACCCACACGACUCCCAGGAUAGCUUGCUAACUAUUACUAAAGAAUACCCCAUUCUCCUGACCUCAUGGCAUCUCGUCUUCGCGACCGUCAUGACGCAAAUCAUGGCAAGAACAACCAAACUUCUUGAUGGGCGAAAAACGGUUAAGAUGACCGGUCGGGUAUACUUGAGGGCAAUUGUGCCAAUCGGCGUGUUUUUCAGUUUGAGUUUGAUCUGUGGUAAUCUGACAUACCUGUAUUUGAGCGUGUCGUUUAUUCAAAUGCUCAAGGUGCGCUAUACAUACCAAGGAACAUUUUUCUCGUCCGCUAAUACUUGAAUGUUAGGCCACCACCCCUGUAGCAGUUCUCAUCGCCGGUUGGUGUCUCGGGAUCGAGAAGCCCGAUCUCAAAAAGCUCGGAAAUGUCUCCAUGAUUGUCAUUGGUGUAGUCAUCGCUUCUUUUGGCGAAAUCGAAUUUGUUCUGAUUGGUUUCCUUUACCAAAUGGGUGGCAUCGCCUUUGAAGCUGUCAGAAUCUGUUUGGUGCAGAGGCUCCUCAACGGAUCCGAGUUCAAGAUGGAUCCUCUGGUCUCGCUCUACUACUUUGCGCCCGUCUGUGCUGUCAUGAAUUUGACUGUGGCCCUUUUCUGGGAAAUCCCUCAAGUCAAGAUGUCCGAGAUAUACGCUGUUGGAUUAUGGACUUUCUUCGGCAACGCUUCUUGUGCAUUCUUAUUGAACGUCUCGGUUGUUUUCUUGGUAAUUUUUGGACCCGGACCUAUUUUGAUACACCAGCUAACCUUCUUCUCAGAUUGGCAAAACCUCCGGCCUCGUCUUGACCCUUUGUGGUGUUUUGAAGGAUAUUCUCCUGGUCGGCGCAUCUAUUCUCAUCUGGGGUACUGUUAUCUCUGGUCUCCAAGUCUUCGGAUAUAGCAUCGCUCUUCUAGGUAUGCUUUACUACAAGCUUGGACAAAAGGAGAUGAAGCCGUUCAUCCAAGAAGCCAGCCGAAGAUGGGCAGAAUUUGGUGCCACCAAACCUGUUCUCCGAAAGUUGGUGAUUAUUGGCGCAAUCUUUAUGACCAUGGUUAUCAUGCUUGGUGGCUUCGCUCCAAGCACUAGCCUCGAUGCUCAAAAGUUGAUCAGUGCUGCAAAAAACACUUAUACUGGAGCAAGGGCUGCUUAAAUGUUCAAAUAGAAUUUCCUUGUUUUUUCUCCCUUUCAAAAGAAGACCUUCAGUAGAAGCAGGAGGGACUUCGGUACUUGCAGAAUAUCGCGUUUAUCAUAAUCCUGGCCAAACAGACACGGAAAAUGCUUCUACAUGUUUGCUUGUUUUUCCCCAAGGUUUUUGCAACAAAAAAGUCAAGGCGUGGCGCAUAGAAAUGGUAAUCGCCUCCGGUCUUCUGGUCUUCUUCUGUUUGUAUUUGUUUCGAGUAUAUAAUUCCCUUUGAGCGAUCUUUCUUUUGUUUUUUGCUUGGGUUGUAAGAAAGGCGGCUAUGGAAUGUUCCAUCCCAGAAUGGCUGGAGAGUACUAGACCUGGCCGGGGAUGGCGUGUAUGAAUGGAAGGAUGGAUAUGGAAGGACA